AUGUCAUUCUCCAGCAGAGCAUGUCAAACAUGCAAAAUCCGACGGGUCAAGUGUGACGAGACCAAGCCCACGUGCCUCAGAUGCAUGAAGAGCGGCCAAAUAUGCCUCAUAACCAGCGUGGUGGAGCAACCAGGCUUCGUGAUCAACGUCGAGAACGCUUACGCAAGCGGCAGGGUCAAGCGGCCGAGAGGGCCACGGUCAAGUUUGACCUCGCUACGCCCACAAUUCGACCUCGAAGCACGUGCCCUCGCAUCCUUUUGGCAGGACCAUGUUACUGCACUAGACGACGUUCCAGAUGUGGCCAAGAGCCUGUGCGCGUGCAUCAGUGCAUGGAAGACCUCCGGGACAGAGUCACCCAUGGUGGACCUCGCCUUGUCGUCCACAGCGCUGGCUGUCUUUUCGCAAGUCAAACAGCACCCGGGAGCCGGCGUAGAAGCAUCGCGUAGAUACUCCCGCCUUCUGCGGAUGGUCAAGGAACGCAUCGCAGCCUUCGAUUCGUCGACAUGUGUCCCCUCUAUCGAGGUCAUUGACGCCUGCUUGCUGACCAUGUUCCUCAUGGGCCGCUACGAGGCUGCAAUGCCCAUAACCAGCUCAACUGCGCUGCGGCAGAGAUCCUUGCACCACGAGGGAGCUCUUGCAACAUUGAAGAUCUGGACCCAGAGUCAGGAUUCAGUGCUUGAAGCAACGCCCAUCAUCAGGUACGGACGUAGAGGAUUGAUCAGAUCAUUAAUGCGUUGGAACCUCCAUCUACCGCAAUGGAUUCUCGACGGUGAGCGAUUUGGCGAACGUGGUCUCGAGCUGGCAUUCGACCGCGUCUUCGUUGCCGCUGUCAAUCUGCAUCAUGCUUCUGGACAACUCUCACUGCAGGACGAUGGAUUGUCUGCCGUGGUGCUCGAUCUGGUGAACGAGGCGCGCGAGCUUGACGAUUCAAUACGAGAUUGGACAAAUUCUUUGCCCCUUGCUUGGACCUACCAGAGACACACUCUCGCCAACCCAGGUCCCUGGCCCAAAAGACAUUUCUACAGCCCAACAGUCUACAGUUUCCAGACAGUUGGAUACGCCAGUGUCUGGAGCCAAUACUUUGCGACGAGAAUGCUGAUCAACAGCACGCGCCUGAAACUACUGGAGAUAUGCCGACGCCAUUCCAGUCUUGGCCCCCAAUUUGGACAAUCAGAAUGGCUUGAAUCAUCUAUUCUGCUGAAGAGCAUGGCGGACCGUCUGGCGUUCACCAUUCCCUUUGCGCUGGGAAGGAUCAAAGUGCCAGAAGAGUCCACAACGGAGAGCAGCCUCGUCAUAUUAGAGCCAGACAGUGAUCCAAAGUCGUGUUUUCCGGCCCUGACGGUGUGGCAAUUGACGCUCGCUUCGAGCCUGGAGCGGAUCGAUCAAAAGCAGCAACAAUGGUUCCGUUCUGAAACUGCCCAGCUUGGAAGCAGAAUAGCGGAUCGAAUCCUCGAAUCGGCAGAGACUGACGAAUGGCCUGUGCUCUGA